CGGGAGAGGGGCGUGGUCUAGCGCCCAUAAAGGGGCGGGGCCGCCGCAGCCCCGCGGUGUCCUUGCUGCGGCGGCGGGGACGCAAGUUCCAGACGUGUGCGCAGAGGCAGAGGACGCGCGGCUACCAUGUUGUGCCGGGCGGCGUGCAGCGCGAGCCGGAAGCUGGUGCCGGCCCUGGGGACCCCCUGGACCCCCGCGGCCCGGCAGAAGCACAGCCUCCCUGACCUGCCUUAUGACUACGGCGCCCUGGAGCCUCACAUCAACGCGCAGAUCAUGCAGCUGCACCACAGCAAGCACCACGCCACCUAUGUCAACAACCUCAACGUCACCGAGGAGAAGUACCAGGAGGCGUUGGCCAAGGGUGACGUGACCGCCCAGGUGGCUCUACAGCCUGCCCUGAAGUUCAACGGUGGAGGCCACAUCAACCACUCCAUCUUCUGGACCAACCUGAGCCCCAGCGGUGGCGGGGAGCCCAAAGGGGAGCUGCUGGAAGCCAUCAAACGUGACUUUGGAUCCUUCGAGAAGUUCAAGGAGAAGCUGACGGCCGUGUCUGUGGGUGUCCAGGGCUCCGGCUGGGGCUGGCUCGGCUUCAACAAGGAGCAGGGGCGCCUGCAGGUUGCCGCGUGUCCCAACCAGGACCCUCUGCAAGGGACGACAGGCCUCGUCCCGCUGCUGGGGAUCGACGUGUGGGAGCACGCCUACUACCUGCAGUACAAGAACAUCCGGCCUGACUACCUGAAGGCCAUCUGGAACGUCAUCAACUGGGAGAACGUUGCCGAGAGGUUCCAGGCCUGCAGGAAGUAGCCCUGACGCUAUGCCAGCACUGGGCCCUGCGCGGGCCGCUGCGUCCCGUCCACCCUGCGUCCCAGCUGCUGUGACGUUUCUGUUGUCACUCGUUCAGAUGUGCGGCAAACACUGCUGUAGGGAACCUCUUGUAUGGAAGCUUUGUUGAUGUGCAACUCUUUAGAAAUAUUAAACGCUUUAUAUAAUGUA